GACUGGCAGCAGAACAAGACAGACAGUGUAAUCUAGUCCUAGGUUGAAAAUGCAAGCAGUACGACAGUGUUCAGCGUGUGCCAGCCGGGCCACAGGAGGACUUUUGAGGUUGCAAGCAGAUGUUUCGGCGCUGCAGAGCAAGAAGAGCGUCCUCAGGAGGGGAGCAGCUUGCAGCCGCUUCCUCAGCAGCUCUGCCAGUGUCCUCAUCAGCAGCAGACAGGCCACAAUCAGGAAGACGGUGCAAUGGAAGGACGCCGCACAGGCAAACACAGCAUCGUUGACUUUGAACCCGUCUGUGCAGCAAACAGAGCAUCUCACUCACGACUCCCUGAUCAAAAGAGCGGCCUCUGUGGUCACUGACAGCUCGGGCACCCUCCUCUCGCAGAGCACCAUGGCUCUCAUCGAUGCCUUCGCCAACUACACAAAGGCUGUACACACACGCAUUGCCCUGCAGAGACGUUAUCUUGUCUCACUGGGAAAACUGAGCCCAGCUGAGGAAGACUCCCUUCAGCGAGCCAUCUUUGUACAAAAGGCUGAGGUCAGCGAGCAGCUCACUGAAUGUAAACGCUUGGAGACAACUUGGAUCAAGGCGGUUAACUUGUGCAAAAUGGCUGCUGAGGCCGCAUACUCUUCCGAAGCUGCGCAGGCGUCCAUCACGCUGAGGGCUAACAUCCAGCUUGCCCGGUCCCAUGUGGACGAGGCUCGGAAAAUGUCAGCGGAGGCGGAUAAGAAGUUAGCCGAGACCAAAGUAGAGGAGAUCCAAAGGAUGGCCGAGUUCACCUCACCCUUGGAGGACUGCGAUGAACACGACAUCCACGAGGCUUAUUUACGAGAGGACUGAGACUAUAUUUGUAUUUUGACUUCAUACAAAUGAGACUAUUUAAUUCUUGAGGCAUUGAUUUAUUUAAGACUAUUUAUUUGAUUCAUUGAUGCUUUUGGAGCUACUGGGUAAACAACAGUUGAUGACUUGGCAUUAUGAAAUGACAUGUGCUGGUGUGUUAUGAAUAAAAAAAGGUGAUUUCGUUUUCUUGACAAUCAAACGUCUGGCUGACAUUUUGUAAAAUAUAUUUGCGUUUUCUUUAAAUAAAUUACUACUUUUUUAA